AUGCACCUGCCGGGCUGCGCCCCCGCCAUGGCCGACGCCAGCUUCUCGCUCGCCGGCCACCUGCUCCGAAGUCCUGGCGGGAGCACCUCGCGGCUGCACAGCAUCGAAGCCAUCCUGGGAUUUACCAAGGACGACGGGCUCCUGGGCUCCUUCCAGGCGGAGCCGGGCGCCCGGGGCUCGAAGGAGCGGGAUCGGAGGCCGGGCGCGCGGGCCACCUGCUCCAAGGCGCCGGGGGGAGGUGUCGAGCCCGCCCCGGCGCCCGCUCCAGAGUACGAAGCCCCUCGUCCCUACUGCCCCAAGGAGCCCGAGGAGACGCGGCCGAGCCCUGGGUUGCCUGUCGGGCCCGCCUCCGGCGAUGCGAAGCUAUCCGAGGAGGAUCAGCCCAAGAAGAAACACCGACGGAACCGGACGACCUUCACCACGUACCAGCUGCACGAGCUGGAGCGCGCGUUCGAGAAGUCCCACUACCCCGAUGUGUACAGCCGCGAGGAACUGGCUGGCAAGGUCAACCUACCCGAGGUCCGGGUCCAGGUGUGGUUCCAGAACCGACGGGCCAAGUGGCGGCGGCAGGAGAAGCUAGAGGUGUCGUCCGUGAAGCUGCAGGACUCGCCCCUCCUCUCCUUCAGCCGCAGCCUGCCCGCCAGCUACACGCCGCCGCCGCCCUUCCUGAGCUCGCCUCCGCUUGGCGGGGUCCUGCAGCCCCUCGCGCCGCCGCCGCCCGCCUACCCGUGCGGGCCGGGCUUCGGGGACAAGUUCCCGCUGGACGAGGCGGACCCGCGUAACAGCAGCAUCGCGGCGCUGCGCCUGAAGGCCAAGGAGCACAUCCAGGCCAUCGGGAAGCCGUGGCAGGCCCUCUAGGGGCACCGGCGACCAAAUCAAUCCAGACAGCCGUCCUGGGAACCGACCUCGAGCCGCACACGAGCAUCCCUUCUCUGUAGGUCCCCCCUAGUCAGCCACUCCUUCCGGUGCCGCCUGAAGCCAGGCUUGGGUCCUGGACGCGCGUCUGCUCCUGACUCACCCGGGAGGACGGAUCCUCAGGCCUGCUGAGAC